ACACCGGGGCUGGAGCUGGAGAUGGGGGAUCCGGAGCCUCCAGAGUUUGGCUCCCUGGAGGAAGAGCUGGAGUACUGGAAGGAACAGGCUGCCAAACACCAACAGAGUGCGGAGGAGGCCCAGGAGGAGCUGCAGGAGUUUCAGCAGAUGAGUCGGGACUACGAGGUGGAGCUGGAGACGGAGCUGAAACAGUGUGAGGCACGAAACCGCGAGCUACUCGCCGCCAACAACCGCCUCCGCAUGGAGCUGGAAAACUACAAGGAGAAAUACGAGACGCAGCACUCUGAGGCCUACAGGCAGAUCUCCACCCUGGAGGGCGACCUGGCCGAGACCACGGCCAUCAGAGACCAGCUGCACAAGUACAUCCGAGAGCUGGAGCAGGCCAACGAUGACCUGGAGAGGACCAAGAGGGCGACCAUCAUGUCACUGGAGGACUUUGAGCAGAGGAUGAACCAGGUCAUCGAGAGGAACGCCUUCCUGGAGAGCGAGCUGGACGAGAAGGAGAAUCUCUUAGAGUCCGUCCAGAGACUGAAGGACGAGGCCCGAGACUUGAGACAGGAGCUGGCGGUGCAGCAGAAGCAGCAGGUACAGGACAGGAAGCCGUCCAUCAGCAGUGCAGCCAAAGAGCCUUCCUCCUCUUCCUCUUCCUCCUCCUCCGCGGCGGGACUUCCCACCCCGCCUCUCACCCCUCCGGACAAAAGAACAGACGAAAAUAAAACCGCGUCUUCGUCCUCGAACCCGCCCGUCCCCUCCGCCUCCCUCAGCAGAGGUGAAAGCCUCUCAGCGACUCCUCUCACCACGUCGGCCAGGAUCUCGGCCCUGAACAUCGUCGGAGAGCUGCUGAGGAAAGUCGGGAAUCUGGAGUCCAAGCUGGCGUCGUGUCGGGAUUACGUCAACGAGCAGACGGCUAACCGCAGAGGCCACGCCGGUGGACAGGCGGCGGCGGUGGCGGCGGCGGCGGGCCAGAACAACACCUCAGACACUCAUCCUACCAACGGCCUCUACAACAAGGGGUUGGUGAAGAGGUUAGACUUCGGAGCAGGACCCAAGCUGCUGCUGUGAAAGACGCCCCCCCCUCCCCUCCUCCUCC